AGUUGGCAGCAAUUGAGCGUUAUUAUUUCAAAUAUCUGUCUAACGAACGACGAAGUUCUUAGCCUGUGUCGAAUUGUUACGUAUAAAGUUAUUAUUUAUAAUGGCUGAAUUUAAGACACCAACAUCGAAAAAGUAUAAAAGUCGAGUACAAGAUAAUCCAGAGCUGCGAACGCCUAUUAAAAUACCAAGUUCACCGUUUCUACAGCAAAUAGGUUAUGGAUGUGGUGUUAAUGUAUUUAGUUUAGAACGGUCGCCGAAAGUCGGUUUUAUCCGAUCACCAUGGGCAAUAAAAAAACGAAACCGCAAGGUUGAGGAUAGAAAAUAUAACGAUCGCAUUCGUUUUGAAGCAGAGGUACUUAGUAAAUUGAAACAUCCAAAUAUUGUAGGCUUCCGAGCUUUCACCGAAGUUUCCAGUGAGCCAUGUUUGAUGAUGGAAAAGUUGGAUUGUUCUUUAGGUGAUAUAAUAGAAGAAAAAGUCGAAAUUGAUGAUGGUCCAUUUCCUGCCAAGGAUAUUAUGAGAAUAACAUAUGAAAUUGUAAAAGGUCUAGAAUAUUUGCAUCACACUGUACAUAUUUUACAUGGUGAUGUGAAAAGUUAUAAUGUACUGACUUCAAAAGAUUACAAAACAGUGAAAUUAUGUGAUUUUGGAGUAUCUCUUCCUCUCACUGAAUCUCUAGAAUUGGACAACACAAAAGGAAAUCUUACAUAUGUGGGGACAGAAUGUUGGAGUGCUCCAGAAAUAAUAUUUGAGGAUGGGCCUGUUACAAAUAAAGCAGACAUAUGGGCAUGUGGUCUUGUAGUUUGGGAAAUGAUAGCUCUAUCACCACCUCAUGUACCUGAUUCGGAAGAGGACGAAUCUUACUCAGAGGAUUCACUAUCAGAGACGCAAAGCACAAAAACAAGUAAUGUCAGCAUGGAUAGCAUGAACGACAGUAGCUAUUUGAAUGAGUUGGAAAGUAUGAUAAACAAAAAGUGUGGUACUCGCCCUCCGUUACCUGCUGUUGACUUAGGAAAAGAGUAUCAAAAGGUACUUGAAGUAUUUCUUGCAUGCACUACUUCCGAUUAUAAAGUUAGGCCUAGUGCCAAGGGACUCGUCAAUUUCUUUAACAAUUGUGUAUAUAAAAACAAGUGACAAUAAGUGUAACAAUUAUUUUUUUACUUAUUUAUAAAU